UUUCUACUGUGAAAAUAUUUGCGUACUAGUAAUGUUCGAUCCACGUUUUUUAAGGACUGUUUAUAUGAAGUAUUCGAUGACUUGGAGUCAAAGAUUGAAGACUCUGGAAAACAACUACUUCAGUCAGUUCUCCACCUGAUGGAGAAUGGGGCCCUGGUAUUGACUACAAAUUUCGACAACCUCCUGGAACUGUACGCAGCAGACCAGGGCAAACAGCUUGAAUCCCUUGACCUCACUGAUGAAAAAAAGGUCCUAGAGUGGGCUCAGGAGAAGCGGAAGCUGAGCGUGCUCCACAUCCAUGGGGUCUACACCAACCCUAGUGGCAUUGUCCUUCAUCCCGCUGGGUACCAGAACGUGCUCAGGAACACUGAAGUUAUGACGGUGGACGACACCACUUUCCAAGCCCUUUUUCUGGAGGCUGUCAAGCAUAAAUCUGACUUAGAACAUUUCAUGCUGGUUCGGAAAGGAGAUAUAGACGAGUUCAUGAAGCUUCGAGAAAACAUGCUGGACAAAGGGAUCAAGGUCAUCUCCUAUGGAAAUGACUAUGCUGAUCUUCCAGAGUACUUCAAGCGGCUGACCUGUGAGAUA